GAACCAAACAGAUCAGCAGCUUCAAAUUGUCUUCCUACCUUACAUGGCUCAUGGCCAUACUUUACCCCUCAUAGACAUAGCCAAACUAUUCGCUUCCCAUGGUUCCAAAUCCACCAUUAUAACCACCCCUUUCAAUGCACCACUCAUCUCCAAAUCAAUCGAAUCAAGCAAAAGUUUGGGUUUAGAAAUUGACCUUCUUGUCAUAAAAUUUCCAUCUAAUGAAGUUGGGUUGCCAGAAGGAAUUGAAAAUGCUAAUUUGGCUACAACCCGAGAGAUGAAGGAAAAGCUCUACAAAGCCAGCAAUCUGCUUGCACCACAGGUAGAGCAUAUUUUAGAACAAUAUCAUCCUCACUGCCUUGUUGCAGACAGUUUAUAUCAUUGGUCUACAGAUGUUGCAGCCAAGUUUGGGAUCCCGAGGAUCAUCUUUCAAGGAGUUGGUUUCUUCCCCUUGUGUGCUUCAUUGAGUGUGAUACUCUACCAACCACACAAGAAGGUUUCAUCUGAUUCAGAACCUUUUCUUAUUCCUAAUCUCCCACAUGAGAUCAAGACCACAAGAAACCAAGUACCAGCUUUUCUCAAUCUAGAUGGCAAUACAGAACUUAUCAAGUUGGUCAAGGCAUCCAUAGAGGCUGAGGAGAGGAGCUAUGGGAGUAUUAUUAACAGCUUCUAUGAACUUGAACCGGAUUAUGCAGAUCAUUACAGGAAAGUUUUGGGCAGAAAAUCAUGGCAUAUCGGCCCGGUUUCUCUAUGCAACAAGGCAGAAAGAGAUAAAUCAGAGAGGGGAAGGGGAGGAUCUGUUGAUGAAGUACACAAGUGCAUGAAUUGGCUCAACUCUAAGGAACCAAAUUCAGUUGUUUAUAUAUGUUUUGGAAGCCUCACCAUUUUCAAUGAUUGUCAGCUCAUAGAGAUUGCCUUGGCACUUGAGGCUUCUCAUCAGCAAUUCAUCUGGGUUGUGAGGAAGGAAAACAAUGAUAAAGAAGAGUUGUUGCUUAAAGAGUUUGAGCAGAGAAUGGAAGGUAAGGGACUCAUUAUAAGAGGUUGGGCUCCCCAACUACUAAUACUUGAACAUGAAGCAACUGGAGCCUUUGUCACACAUUGUGGGUGGAACUCGAUCCUUGAAGGAGUGUCUGCUGGGGUUCCAAUGAUCACGUGGCCGGUGACCGGAGAGCAGUUCUACAAUGAGAAGCUGGUGAAUGAGAUACUUAGGAUUGGUGUUGCUGUUGGUGCUGAAAAGUGGGCUACAUUUGAGGAGGAAAGUGCGAGGAGCGAAGCCAGUGUGAAGAGGGAGGCCAUAGAGAAGGCUGUGACUGAAAUCAUGGUGGGUGAUGAAGCAAAGGAAAUGAGAAAAAGAUCUAAAGCGCUUAGAGAAAUGGCAAGCAGGGCUGUUGAAGAAGGUGGUUCAUCUUACUCGGAUUUAACUGCUCUAAUUGAAGAGUUGAAGUCCCUUAGGCCUUGAUUCUGUUGAAGCAACCAAAAUGCCAACAUUUUUCUACCAAACUUGGAUCAACUUUCUACAUGUAAUAUGUAGAAUUCAAAUUAAUGGCAAAAGAGAAAGCAUUGUUCUUCAACAUCAUAAUCCAAUGCUGAAGAGAUGAGGCAUCAAUGUAAUAUCUAAUGAGUAUGAACUACC